AUGUGGAAGAGAACUGAUCCUCAAGCCAAGAUCAAAGCAGGAGAUAGGCCCCAGACUUGCCAUUCUCUGGCUCUGGGGUCGGCCACACAGACAGCACCGCCACACCCUCUAGAACCGUCAGACUUUCAGGGCUUCUCCGUGUUUGAGGACAUUAGCCAUCACAUCAAAGAAGUAGGAGCCCAACUGGUAAAGAAAGUGAAUGCCAUCUUUCAGCUAGACAUCACCAAAGAUGGGAAGACCAUUCUGCAAUGGACCAUUGACCUCAAGAAUGGUUCUGGGGACACGUACCUGGGAUCUGCCCGGCUUCCAGCAGACACUGUCUUCAUCAUUCCUGACUCUGUAUUCAUGGAGUUAGUUGUGGGUAAGAUGAACCCACAGAAGGCUUUCCUGGCUGGCAAGUUCAAAGUGAAAGGCAAAGUUUUCCUUAGCCAGAAGCUGGAGAAGAUCUUCAGAGACUGGGGCAAAUUUUAA